AUGUGGACUGGACUAUGGGCUCAGUCCACUCCAUACGGAGCUCUGGUAACAUUAUAUCCGUGGUUUAAGCAGCCUCCAGACUGGAAAAAACUUACGUCCACUCGGGAAAACGACAUCGCUCAGAUAUCGACACUAGAAUCAACGUUACCAGAUGAACUUUACGAGUUUAUUUUUCUCUAUUUGAAAUCCAUUGACAUUAUCUACUCCUUUUUCAAUUUAAAUUCUCGUUUUGACCGUCUUAUUUCUCCAUUUUUAUGUGCAAUUGAUUUAUCCGCUAUUGAUGAACAUAUUCUCGAUGGAUAUUGUCAGCGAAUUUUACCAAAAAUUCGACAUCAUGUCAAAACAAUCAAAUUUGAUGAUAAAAAUAUUUACCGUAUUCUUCCAUUAUCGACAGCAUACCCUAAUCUUUGUUCACUCUCAAUAACAGAAAUUCCUCAAGUAAAUGGCAAAUAUUUACCUUAUCUAGAGUCAUUUAAAGAAGUAUGCAGUUUGAAAAUGUAUUUUGAUAACGAACCAUGUGAGCAAAAAUUGUCAAAUGAGAUAUUCUCAAACUUAUUUCAGCCGAAUUGUCAGCUACAAACAUUAAUGAUUCAUGAUAUUUACUUCACCAUCCACGCUGGUAAUAUUCGAUCAUGUUCUAUUAAAACAUUAAAAAUAAUGUUACGUUCUCAAUUUGAUUUAAAUGUUUUAUUGAAGAAUUUGCCAUCAAUUGAAUUUCUGGAUGUUCAAUUACGUAGAGUUAUACGUCAACAAAAUCAUCAACAAACCUAUGAUAAUAUUGUAUCAUUACCAAAAUUGAAAGAUUUUAUGUUUUUUUCUGUUUUCCCUAUAGAUUAUAAUUCUCUAGAACGCUUAUUAUCUCGAUGUCCUAAUCUAGAAUAUUUAUCAUUGAAUUUGGAUAGUAGCCAAUUUAUUGAUGGCUAUAGCUUAGAAGCAAAAUUAUUGUCGAAAUUAAGAAAAUUAACAAAGUUUCAUUUUUGUCUUCGUAUUCCAAAUGUGACGAUGAUCAACAUUAGUGAUUACAUUGAAACAUAUAAGUCAUCCUAUUGGCUUAAUCAUCCUGUUUUAUGUUUCAAAAUAGCAUACCGUAGUAGCCAUUAUUGUAUAUUUUCAUUACCUUAUCCGUUUAGUUAUUUGAUUUUCACAUCAAAUGAUAUCGUAAAUUAUAGAUCAAACAUCAGUAAUAUUUCUAUGUACAACAGACAGAGCAGGGUGAAAGAAAUAAGUUUAUAUGAUACAGUACCAUUUACAUUGGAAUUAUUUAAAUUUAUUGAAGAAACAUUUGUAAAAACAACGGUCCUGCAGCUUUAUAGUCUGCCGGUGAAUAUUUUGAAUGAUGAUUUAAUGAAUGAUACUGCAUUUAUACUAGAAAAUAUUCUCUCAUUAAUGUUUCAGAUGGAGAAAAUGGUGGACUUUAAAUACUUGAAACGAUUAUUACUAAUGAUGCCAAAUAUUGUUGAAUUAUAUAUGCACUGGAACUUGUUAGUAGAUUUGAAAACAGAAGAUUUUGGUCAACAACUGCAACCGUUGUUGAAUCGUAUCAAAAAGGUUUAUAUUGCUGACAGUCCAGUUGAAAUACUUGAAGAUAAAUCUUUAUUUCCAAAUGCUAAAAUUAUGAGAAAUAAACUUUAG